UGUGUGAUAGGAUCUGUCGCCGGAUGAUAUGUCAUUUUUCGUUUUUAAAUUUAUAAUUUCUUAGUGUGAAAGAAAACAUACAUUAACUUUACAAUAAAAUGUCGAUCUUAGCUUAUAAUGGUGGUGCAGUGGUAGCGAUGAGAGGCCAGGACUGUGUAGCUAUCGCUACAGAUAAACGAUAUGGUAUCCAAGCACAGACUGUCUCUACUAAUUUCCCUAAAGUGUAUCAGAUGGGACCUACAUUGUUUGUUGGACUGCCCGGUCUAGCAACAGACACCCAAACAGUACAGCAGAGAUUAAAAUUCAGAAUGAACCUAUAUGAGCUAAAAGAGAACAGAGUUAUGAGACCGAAGACAUUCUCCGCAAUGUUGUCCAACAUGUUAUAUGAAAAGCGUUUUGGUCCAUACUUCAUUGAGCCAGUUAUCGCCGGUCUUGACCCCUACGACAACCAGCCUUAUGUGUGCAAUAUGGAUUUGAUCGGCUGCCCAAAUGAGCCUGAAGAUUUUGUAGUGUCAGGCACAUGCUCAGAACAGCUGUAUGGUAUGUGUGAAGCUCUGUGGGAACCAAAUCUCAAGCCUGAUGAGCUCUUCGAAACUAUAUCACAGGCGCUAGUGAAUGCUGCAGACAGAGACGCAAUAUCGGGUUGGGGCGCUGUGGUGUACAUCAUUGAGAAGGACAAGAUCACAGAGAAGCAUGUCAAGACGAGAAUGGACUAGCUUAUUAUAAGAUAUAACUUAAUUGGGUAUUACAUUUCCUUUCUAUA